ACCAGAACUUUUAAAGGUUGGAAAACGCGAGACCAUUCAACUGCAGUGCUACGCGACGGACACUGUUGAGCACGCAAUUAUUUAGCAAGUCCCGGGUGUUCUGCACGAGAUUCCGGGUUUUGUCUAGAAGCCGACCUCACCCAGCUAAGACUGAAGGUUGUGUCCAUCAAAAUGAGGACGUCUGUUGCCCUUUUUUUUGCGGCGGCAGGCGGCAUCAGCCUGGUCUGCGCACCCCAGGUCUCUCUGGCUGCGCCAGUGCAAGGGACUUUGGGCCCGGACGUCGCAGAUACUGCGGGUGAACCUGUUGUUCUUCAAGUCGCUCGAGGUGCGGAUUCUCUGCCAGAUUCAAGAGGCAACAUCGAUGAAGAAGGCAUCACUGAGGUAGCCACGACAGGGGUUCCUCCACAAACACAAUCGUCCGGGCGAUCGUUUGGUCAACGUGUGAUGUCCUGGUUUACAUCUGCUCGGAACGCAAUCCGGCGUCCACGAACCGAUGAACAGGGGGCCGUCCCAGGACCCUCACAGCCCAUCCCUAGUGGGACAGAUUCUACUCCUGAAGGAUGGGAGACGGUUCAGUCAGGCGAUGUCCCGCCUGGGGAGCCGGAGCCGAAAGCACCCACUAGAUCCCCGAGACAACGAGCCAGAGACAUGUUUGGUCGCGUGGGCCGCUUCUUCGGAGGUGCCCGACGGUUUGUUGGACGCGGUUGGAGGCGGUUCACCACGGGUAUGGCGGGAGUCACUGACCGUGUUAGAGGACGACUUGCUCUACGAAGCAGCUUCGAAUUCCGCAACGAGGAGGCGGUCGGACAAUCAGAACUCGCAUCGCUUGCCUCGUCCAUGACAGUUACGGCCCCCGAAGGCGAAGCGUUGGAGGUUGCGCGUGAGGCGGGGCUGCGGUCUGGGGCCUCUAUCAACCUUGUGUCCGCUACAACUGGUGAACAAGUGACGGUAUCUCUCAGAGCACCACUCGGAAUUGGAGAGUAUACGGCAGUUUUCAGCGGAUUCAUCUCUGGCAUUGAUUCUGAACUCGCUGUGAAGGCGUUUCUCGGGAAGACUACAGAGUCGAUGUCAGUUGCCGAGACAGAGGCUAGAAUCCUGAAAAUCGUGUCGCUGAAGGACCCGGUGGACGCAAUGCAUCGACUUCGUCUCUUGGCUCCCAUCGAGACACUGGUUUACCGAGGAGAUGGUGAUUCUGCCGAUCAGAGCGAAGGCAGGCCGGUUGUCCUGGUUCCCAAGGCCUCGUCCUCGCUGGUGGAUGUCAUCAAUUUUCUGCGCUCAGGUGAUGCCUCAGCAUUCGAUGAUCGAGCGAAGAAAAUUGUCCUCCUGGGCGCGACUGUGCAGCUGAUCCAACUUCUGGCAGCACUGCACACGCGAAAAGUAGUGCACGGAAAGCUGGAACCCAAAAGCGUUCUGCUCUUCAGUCAUGGCCUUCUCUACCUCUCCGACCUCGGCAGAGCACGUCGCCACGGGGAGAGGUUCACGACAUCCCGUCCGAGUAGGUACGGUGCGCCUGAGGUUUUGGAGCACCCCGAGACACCGUACACGUAUUCCCGGGACGGGUAUUCUCUCGGAAUUAUCCUUUUCGAGUUAUGGUGCGGAAGGCUGCCGUUCGAUCUGGGGACACCCGGAGUCGAUUCUUCAGAGAAACUCGAGAACUCACACCCUGCGACCUUGUAUCAAACCGUUCGCAACUUGGAUCAGCGUCUGUCCUUCGAUGUCUGCCCGAGUGACAUGCCGGAAUCUGUGAAAACCCUCAUUCGCAAGUUCCUGACUCGAAGACGUUGGACCCGCCUGGUGCCACAAGCUGCUCUGCGCGAUGCCAAUUUCCGCCGCACCAUGCAGUUGCUUCAGGAGACCGUUCAAGGGAAUGGUGAAACCCAAUUGUAACGCGUGAACUGCGGUGUUGGUGGGACAGUUUGUACAAAGCAGAUCGGCAGCGCGGGAUGGUGCCAGUGUGAUCGGACAUCAGCACUCUCGCGGGGACCUUGUCGACAUCCAUUCAGUCCGAGAGCCAGUUUCUGAAGCGGAGCACUUGAAGGAAAUAUGUGGGCAUCACGACGGUUCACUGUUGCGGUCUCGCGCUGUAGCAAAUGCUAUGCAGGUGCUGUCCUGCUAGAAUCAGCCGUGCCAUUGUUGUCAGCUAGUGUACCUUUUUCUCUGCUAGAUCUUACUACACGCAGUUCUGUGUUAGACACAGGAUUUUGUUCGUGAAUCGUUUUUCCCUGUUUGGUCGUUCCCUGACUCUAAGCUUCUAGAGGGAUGGAUUGAUUCAUAACGAGCCGGGAGCACAUUCGGUACGUAAAGGGACACAAUGAGAUUUUGACGCCGCAUUCGUACUUGCUGCGUGCGUGCGCUUCCUAACUUGCAACUGAACACCUCCGUGAAACGUUUUCUCC